UCUCUUGAAGAUAGGUAAAGAUUGGAAGAGAGAGAGAAAGGAAGAAGGUAAUUAAGGAAAACAUUUGAGAGAUAUGGACGAACAUCUGAACCCCUUCGCUGUGACUCAUCUGCUUCAACACACCCUGAGAAGCUUGUGCAAUCACGAAAACUCUCAGUGGAUUUAUGCAGUCUUCUGGAGGAUCCUCCCUAGAAACUAUCCACCGCCCAAAUGGGAAGGUCAUGGAGCUUAUGAUAGGUCAAGAGGAAACAGAAGGAACUGGAUAUUGGUUUGGGAAGAUGGAUUCUGCAACUUUGGUGCCUCCUCACCGGCUCAUGAUCAGAUCAACUCCAGUUCUGAUCAGUGCCCUGCGGGACCUUCAUCAAUGUAUAGCAACUUAAGCGAUCAAUUUCAACAAUACAAUGGCCUGCAACCUGAUCUUUUCUUCAAGAUGUCCCAUGAGAUCUACAACUAUGGAGAAGGGUUGAUCGGGAAAGUGGCGGCAGAUCAUGGUCAUAAGUGGAUACACAAAGAACCAAAUGAUCAAGAAAUCAACUUCUUAUCAGGAUGGCAUAACUCAGCAGACAUGCACCCUAGAACAUGGGAAGCCCAAUUCCAGUCUGGCAUAAAGACCAUAGCCCUGAUAGCAGUUAGAGAAGGUGUCGUUCAGUUAGGAGCUGUUCACAAGGUGAUUGAAGACUUGAGCUAUGUAGUUCUGCUAAGAAAGAAGUUCAGCUACAUCGAAAGCAUCCCCGGAGUGCUUCUCCCUCACCCAUCAUCUCCAUCCUUCCCCUUCAAGCCUGAUCGUCAUCAUGGCUAUGCAUACGGUCCCACCCCAGAUUAUCAUCAUCAUCCUCAACAUGCAUGGCAUUUCCAAGGUGGCACAAACCCUCUUGCACCACCUCCAACUCAUGACUUCAUGUAUGAUCAUCCCCAAUAUCUCGACCCUAGUCAAGUAGUUCCACUGAAAAACAUAACCCCCUCUAUGAGCAGCCUUGAAGCCCUCCUCUCUAAGCUUCCCUCCGUCGUGCCGACGAAUGACGAUCAUCAUCAUCAUCAUCUACAGCCGCACGAUCAAUCCCAGUUUGUGUUAUCUCAUGGACCUGUGGACUUCAUGGCAAUGACCAAGCAGAAAGCGGCCAAGCAGGAGACUACUGAUCAUGAUGACGGUCAUGACCGUAACGAAGAAUAUAGGCCGUCGGAUUACCAAAACGUCGGUGAAACCAGCAAUUCUAUGUCUGCUUAUUCUCGUCAACAGCAACAGCAUUUCCAUCACGACUAAUUAUUAAUUAAGCAAGUACUAGUAGUUUUUAAUUGCUUUUAUUUGGUCGUCAGCAUAAUUUAUAUAUAGGAAUGCAGAUUGAUUAUUUCUAACAUUGUUAAUUAGCAAGCUCUCAUAUAUAUAUAAUCCUAUUAUUACACUAUAAUGUAAGGGUGAUCUUGAUCUUAUGAAUAAGGGAGUAUUUCAGUUCGCCA